UGUUCCAGCUCGUGCGUUGGACCCCCACCCAUGAGACCUCGCUGGCAACGCUUCAGAAGGCCAGCAAGGGCAUCUCCAAGAACAUCGUGACUAAGAUCGGCUGCGCCCUCGACAAGUCAGAUCAUUGGCAUGAGCUGAUGGACAACGUGAUGCUGAUGGGUCAAUUCAUUGACGACCACGGUGACAAGAUCAGCCAGAUGGAGAAGGACCUCAGCCAGUUUCAGUGUGGACAUGAUGGCGCUACGGACGCCCUCACAUGCAUGAUGGCGCAGCUGGGCAAGUGGUCGCAGAUUGCACCUUUCCCGACAUGCUUGGACGGCGUCUCUGAUAAGCUGGACGUCGCCGUGAGAGGUCGCGUCAAGGCCGUAUUGGGGAACUCUGCUACCACCAGCGUGCAAUUCAACAACGUGCAGAAGAUGAUUGGCGAGGCUUCCCUGGUGUGGCCUAGCAACGGAGAUUACGUAGUGUUUCAAGAGGAGGUCGCCUUAAGAAUCCGUGGUAUUUCAAGCUCUGAGAAGGUGGCAGAAGUGACCGCCUCAAUCGAUGCCAUCAUCAAUGUGCCAUUUGUGAAGGACUUAUCCGUUGAGGACGCAGUGACGGGUGCGACGGCGGAGGGCGGCAUUUCUGUUUUGAAACCUUUGAUCGUGAAGUUGACGGCCUCCGUGGAGGGGCUCGGGGCGGUCAGCGAAGUCCCAGAUGAGAUCAAGCAGAAGAUGUCGGGUUUCAAGCCGUUCCUGCUGGCCCUCCUCGAGGCUACAAUUGGCGGCGACGGCUUUAACGAGGUGCAGGUCUGCGUCGAUAAGGUUUCCACUUCGAGAGCUUUUGAUCAGGUGGUCAAUUGGGCAAAAGUCAACCAGCUGUACCAAGCUUUGCACUCCGUGAUCCUCAAGCACGGGGCCUUCGUGCAGACGGGCGUUGACGGCAAUGACCCAGAUACGACAACCCUUGCAGUUUUCGAUGCUAUGUUGGCUCUUGAGCGCGCUCGCUUGACGCUCGAUCGGACUUCUAAGGACCUGCCCAAGAAUGCGGUAUCGGACAAACUAUUCAAGGUGGCCCACGCGUACGUCAACGACAUGCAGAUUUUGGUCCAGAAGGGCCACGAAUAUCGGAUUCAGAGUUUCACAGAUAAGAUCAAUGAGAGGUUGUGCAUCUUUGGUCCUACGUCCAAGGGCGGCGACGGCGACCUCCCAUGGUACGACGGGCUUGGCAAUCCCCCUCUGGAGGAGCUGCUGGAGAAGGCCGCGGAGCUGCUCCCCCUCAAGAAGAUGUCGGCCCACGUGGCUACCUACAAGCAGCUUGAGAAGGAGAAGGCCACGCUUCUGGAUGCUUGCAAGGCUGCUGGCAACAUGCAUGCGAGUGACCUCCCGAUCUUCGAGACGAUCGAUACGACCCUGCACCACGCCAAAGUUUGCAAGUGUGAGGCGUUGCUUCUCACGGCCAUGAGGACCGAGAAGGAUCAGACCCAGCUCCCGAAGAAGAUCAGGGCAGAGCUGCUGGAGCUGCGCCAGUGGCUCAACCCGCUGCAGAAGAAGUGGGAGGAUGAGAUCUGGGACGAGCUGGUGCCGCACGUUGUGCAGAUCAUCGAGGGCCCCUAG